AUGUCUCCAUUCUACUUCUCGCUACCACUCGCCCCAUGGGAGCAACCCUUAAGCUUUCGUGCCGCCUGGUAUGAGCGGCGCAAAGAUGGACGAGAGCAUAAGGAGCUGGGCGAGGGAAACGUAGCAGAGGAUGAGAUAUCUAACAUAGACACCAACGAUUAUGACGCCAGUGUUAGCAGAAAUACCAGAAGUAAUACUCUAAACUCCAGUCCAAAGUCAUCAUUAAUCUUGUCUCCUGACGAGGCACACCAGUAUCGAAUUGCUGGCCAACCAUUUCACAAAAAAUUGCCUGGGGAUGAUUUCCCUCAUGCCAGGCCUGGCUCGGACAAAACUACCAGGAUCACCAAACGGGAUAUCGAGACAGAGCUGUCUCAACUGUCACCGCCACUAUUCAUUUCUGAGCCUGCAAACCAAAGCAGUCUGCGUCUGCAGCACUUAGCUGUCAUCACAACAAUCCUCCAUAAGUGCCUUCUUGAGGGCGAUUAUACGAGGGCGGGGAGAGCCUGGGGCUUGAUCCUACGGGAUGAGUUCGGCGGACAUGCCGUGGAUGUCCGGAACGGUGGGAGAUGGGGUGUUGGUGCGGAAAUACUGCUGUGGAGUGACAAGGACACAGUCACAGCACAAUCAUCAGGGAUGGAAACCAAGGGUAACAGCCCACGCCGGAGACGCUGGUUCACUCGCAAAGGCUUUGAAUGCGCCAAAAGCUACUACGAGCGGCUAGUACUCCAAUUUCCAUAUCGGAAGUCUGCGCCAAGAGCAUUGGGACCGCUGGACUUUUAUCCUGCCAUGUUCGGGCUCUGGAUAUCGCUUGUGCAGGAGGAAAGCCAGUCAGCAAGAGAGGAGGCCCUGGAUAUGGAAGAUAUGGACGAUUUCGAUAUGUAUCAGGAUGAAAUGUCCAUAUCCAACAACAUACCCCGCAAGAACAGUCGGAAAGAUGACAUAAUUGCUAAUGCCCGUCGCAAGGAGUUAGAAGAGGCACACCAGAUAUCGGUACGGAUGGACGAACUAGUGAUCUCCCCACCAUUUUCCGAUAGCUAUGAACUCUUACGGUUAAGAGGGAUGGUGUCUCUGUGGAUUGCGGAUUUGUUUAUAUCCUCUGUAUCUGCGGAUAAUGGGGAUGCUGGUAGCGUGGGUAAUUUUGGUGAUGAGAACAUGUUGUCUGAAGAAGGCAGUGGUGGUCAUGUGGAUUCGGAGCUUGCUCGAAUGGAGCACGGGCUGAGGAUGGAGAGGAAGAUGGCGGAAGUGGAGAAGGCGAAUAGUUUCUUCGAAAGGGCGAAGAGGAAAGCAAGCAGGAAGCUAUCAGCUUUCCCUUCUGAUGAAACGGAUGAGGGCGAGGAUGUGGAUGUGGAUGAGACCGCUACUGAGAUUUCCAAAAUCAUUGAAUAA